AUGAUGAAGAAAUUAUAUUUUAUAAUAUUAAUUAUAACAAUUUUUCCAUUUAUUAAUGGUGAUGGAUUUGUUGCUGAGGUAAAAUGUUUAUCAGAUGCUAUGGUUGUUAUUUUUAAUCGUUCCUAUCCGGAUUAUUUACGUUGGGAGGCUAAUUCAAAUUCUGAACCAGUUUUAUAUGUUCAUGGAAAAGGUUCUAAUCCAAUGUGUUCAACAACACUUAAAGGUGAUGUUGACCAAGGUAUUUAUAAUCUUUCUAUACCGUAUGGUCAAAUGUGUGAUGUAUUUCUUACACAUUUGGAACCUAAUUAUAGUACUGCUGAGACAGUUGUUGCUUUAGAAGAUGUUAAUUCUGAUAAUGAAGAACAUCCAACUAUUCUUAAUCAUGUAUAUUGUUUUUAUACAAAAUCUGUACAAACUAUAAGAUAUAAUAAUGUUAAAAAAGGACAAGAACUUGUUGCAAGUACAGGAUCAAAACCAAAACCGAAAGUUGAGAUGACAUUUACAGGUGUUGACAAUCAAACAUUAAAGGCAGCUAAAGUUGGUGAUACAUUGCAAUUAUAUAUUUCAUUAACACCAGAUGAAGCUUACCGUGCAAUGUUACCAAAAGAAUGUUUUUUUUCAGAUAAAGAAGAUAUGGAAGCACCUGGUGCAAGACGUGUUACAUUUGUUCAAUCAAAUUGUCCUGUAGAUAUGUUUUCUACAAUUGUUAAACCAUUAGCUAAUAUAAAUAAUAGAAUAUAUGUAACUAAAUUUGAUACAUUUCAAUUUAGAAAUCAAACAACAAUAUUUGUUCAUUGUACAGUUCAAAUAUGUUUAGAUCCUGAAGAAUGUGAAAGUAAUUGUUAUGAAAAAAUUUCAAAUUCUAAUUUAACGGCUGCAAGAUUAGGUUUUCGUAAAAGAAGACAUACAUCUGAUACAUCAUCUAAAUUAAAUGAUGCUGUUGAUGAAGUUACUGUUGUUCGUAGUAUAGAUAUAGUAAAAGAUAAUAUUUUAAAAAAUAAUCAAGAAAGAUCAGUUGAAUUACAACAAAUUCAACAUGAUGUCAUUCCUACACCAUUAUUAAUAUGUAUUAUUAUUUUAUCUAUAUUAUGUUUUACUACAACAAUUUUAUCAAUUGUACUUGCUAGAAAAUUAAGAAGAUCUAAUAAAUUAAAUGAUAUUCCAUGUUAUACAAGUUAUAGUGUUGAUGGAAUAUCGCCUACUGGAAGUAUUAUUCAUAAUCAACCUAUUGGAAAUUUUCAUCCAAAUAAUCCUGAUAAUGUUUAUGUAAAAAAUCUUCCUAAAAAUUUUAUAAAUUAUAUUAACAAAUAUUAA